GGCCGGGCGCGCCUGCGCAGGUGCCGGGGGCGGGGCGCCGCGCUGACUGACAGGCGGCCGCGGGGACCGAGCAGGUCCGGGCAGGCGCAGGGGCCGCUGCAUCUGCCGGCGCCGCGCGGCCGCGAUGCCUUAGCCCCGGAGCGCCCUGCCAAGGCCCGUGACUGUGGGCCCCCUGUAUGGGCCGGGCCCCUGGCACCUUCUGACCCCGGGGAGCCACCUCCAGCCGCCCUGCCAUCCUCCUCGUCCUCCUCGGCGGACACCUGGCGCCAGCCAUGGAGGCUCCCGAGGUGCCCGUGGGCUCCCUGAUCGACCUGGGCUCCGAGUCGCCGGCCACCUCGCCCGGGGACACGCCGCGGCCCAAGCUGCAGGACGAGGAGGGCUCUCAGGGCGAUGGCGCAUCCGAGAGCGAGGCCACCGAGUCGGCGGACAGCGAGAACGACAUGGGCGAGUCGCCCUCGCACCCGUCCUGGGACCAGUACCACCGCUCACCCUCCGACGACUCCUUCUCCUCCAACCAGAGCACCGAGUCGGCCAAGGACGAGGAUGCGCUGGAGCUCCGGGAGUUCAUGCGCAGCUACGUGGAGAAGAUCUUCUCGGGAGGGGAGGACCUGGACCAGGAGGACAAGGCCAAGUUCGGGGAGUUCUGCAGCAGCGAGGACGGCAGAGGCCGCGAGUGGUUCGCUCGCUUCGUCAGCGCCCAGCGCUGUAACUCCAAGUGCGUGUCCGAGGCCACCUUCUACCGCCUGGUGCAGUCCUUUGCCGUGGUCCUGUUCGAGUGCCACCAGCUGGAUGACUUCGGCCCGGCCAAGAACCUCAUGACGAUGUGCUUCACCUACUACCACAUAGGGAAGCCGCACCUGCUCCCCGGGGAGGCACGGGAGAAGCCGGGGGGCACCAUCGACUCCUACCUGAAGUCGGCCAACAGCUGGCUGGCCGGCACCAAGGACAUGGCGGGGCGGCUGCUGAGGAGCACGGCCAGGCCCGAGAACGCCCGGGGCUUCUUCGCGGGGCUGGAGACCAAGCUGAAGGGCCCGCUGGGCAGGAGAGACGAGGAGGAGGACAAGCCCCCCGGGAGGCCCCAGCGGGCAGGGAGUGUGGGCAGCCCCGAGGAGGAGAGGAAGGGGGAGAAGAUCUACCUGUACUCGCACCUGAAGCAGCAGCCCAUCUGGCACACGCUGAGGUUCUGGAACGCGGCCUUCUUCGACGCCGUCCACUGCGAGAGGAGGAAGCGCUCGCCCACCACCAGAGGGGAAGCUGGAGAGAAGGAGCCGAGGGAGAAGUGGGGCCACAUGACGCAGGAGGAGAGGGACGACAGUCGGCGCCUCCACGAGAACAUCACCUUCGGGCAGCUGGGCACGUUCACGCACAACAUGCUGGCAUUCGGGCUCAGCAGGAAGCUGUGUGGCGACUUCCUGAAGAAGCAGGCGGUCAUCGGCAACCUGGACGAAGAGCAGUACAAGCUCCUGCUGGAGCACAUCGACCAGAUGGCCUCGGAGUAGCCGCCCGCCGCCCGCACGUCCCCGUAGCCGCGCCAGGAGCCAGCACCCCCGCCUGUGUCUGCCCCAGCCACGUGCCAAAGUGUCCCCUGAGACUCUGGGGCUAGAACCGAGUGACGUCUGGACCCCCGUGUGUCAGCGUGUGUGACAUGGGGCUGCCUGGGCCGAGGGGGCACCAGCCACACCAGGCGGGGGGCAGGACCCUUCCUGCCGGCCGGGCCCUCAGGAUGGCCCCAGGCACCGCCCCUCCCCGUCCCCCGUCCUCCCCCUGCCCCAGGCCGUGGGUGGGGUCUGCCCCCCUCCCUGCAACAGUGCUCAGUGCCCCUCCCCUGCCUCCUCACUGCUGCCUGCUCCAGCCCAGCCCCGACAGCCUCUCAGCCAGCCCCUGCCCUGGAUUCUGUCUGGAACGUUCCAGAGAAGCCUGCAUUGGCCAAGCCCCGGCAGAGUGAAGCCUGGGCGACGAGAGCAUGUCGGGGUGAAAGGUGCCCCCAGAAGGGCCAGGACGCCCCCAAACAGCCCGUCUUGGAAGCUGGCCCCACCCGUGGGUCGUGCCGUUUGAACCGAACAUUCCUGAAAAGCAGCGUACUUGGCUCGUGGGCCCCUCCCCCACCUCCUUGGAUGCCCCUGUGGGGACUCAUCCCUGUGUCCAGUCCAGAGUGGGGGUGUCCAGGGCCCCGGGCCAGCUCUGCCUCUUCUUUCAGACUGGGUCUGGGGGGGCUCCCUGGGUCCCGGUGGAGCUUGGGCGAGGGGACCCUAGCGGGGUGGGGGGAGUCGGCAGACUGUUGGGGCCCGCAGCCCGGCU